AUGACACACCCACAGGGAAUGUGGAUCAUAGGAUACGGAUCGUUAAUCUUUAAACCACCGCCACACGUAUCACUCAAAGUCACAGGCUACUUGAAAGGAUUUAUUCGCAGAUUCUGGCAGAGCUCAAUAGACCAUAGAGGAACUCCCGAGUACCCCGGCAGAGUCGUUACCCUCCUUUCCCUAGACGAUCUACACUCAAACAACAAGUUCCAUGACGAGUGGGUAUCCCCAGAAGAUUUACGUGUUUAUGGAGUGGCCUACUACAUCGAGCCACAACACGUCGAAGAAGUGAAACAGUACCUUGACAUUAGAGAGCAAAACGGGUACACCUCCCACAAAGUGGCCUUCUAUGUGCUGGACAAGUCUGUAUCCAUGUUUACCGACAAAGAAGGGGACUACAUUGAAAGCAAUAUCUACAUUGGCAAAGUCGACAACGAGGCAUUUGUGGGCCCUGAAUCAUUAGAAGAGACUGCACACGUCAUUAGAAAGGCAGUUGGCCCCAGCGGCCUUAACAUAGACUACCUCACCAACUUGGUCCACUCAAUCAAAGACUUUGGUAUUAGAGAUCACUAUUUAGAAAACCUAUACACACUAGCUAGCUCAAGUCCCGAUAAUUCAACGCUGCCGAUUCCAAAACCAGCGCCACCUUAUUAA